AUGGCGGGAGCUGACAAUCAAUUUGGCCCUCGCGUCAGUGUGGAUUCUCGUGCCUUCGACUUUACCCUCUUGUUCGAGGAUCUCUGGUUUACCCUGCUGCCGACCGCUUGCUUCUUGUUAUGCCUACCAUGGCGCCUUUAUUUCCUUGGACAUGCAACAAUCAAAGUGAACUCUUGCAGGAUAGCAGUCUGCAAGCUGUGCCUGCUCGCCGUGUUACUUGUUCUCCAGUUAGUGCUUCUGGCGUUCCAAGUGCGCUCGCCUGUCCUCCAUACUCGAGCAUCCCUGCCAGCAGCCAUAGUCAACAUUGUUGCAUCGUUAGCAGCAUCUUAUGUCUCCUUUACAGAGGACCAGCGAUCCGUGAGACCUUCGGACCUUCUCGUUCUGUACUUUUCAGCAACCAGUUUAUGCCAUCUACCUCGAUUACGCUCACUCUGGCUCAUCGAUUCCGUCGACGCCUCCCGGUAUCUUUCGUUGAUUACCUUGUUGAUUACCGUGGCGAUUGUUAUACUUGAGUCCCUUCCCAAGACAAGACGAUUGAAUCCCACCUACACCAACGCUACGGAAGAAGAGCGGAGCGCUUUUUGGAGCAGGGCCUUGUUUACUUGGGUGCUGCCGUUCUUGCAGACGGGAUACCGGAAUUCUCUCGAGGUCGAAGAUGUGCCGCAAGUGGACACAGCUCUCCAAGGACAAGCGUCGGGAGACCGUCUUCGAAGGACCUGGCAUUCUGAGGGUAGAGAGGGCAAAUUUCGCUUGAUCAAGGCCGUGUUCCGCGCAUACGGAUUGCCAUGCAUCUCCGCGGUCCCUCCACGCCUGGCUUAUAGCUGCUUCAUCUUCACCCAACCCUUCCUGAUUACCGCAGCUAUUGACUAUAUCCGGGGAACCCCCGAGUCGGAGCCAAAGGUGUAUGGAGCGGGACUUGUCGGCGCGUAUACACUGGUCUAUGGGGGAAUAGCGGUGGCCCAGGCCGUAUACUGGCGGCAGACCUACCGCCUGUUAACAAUGAUGCGAGCUGGUCUCAUAUCCAUGAUUUAUGACCAAACGACUGGUAUGACUGCUGCCGGACUCAGUGAUUCGGCAGCUAUCACGUUGAUGGGCACAGACGUUGAACGAAUAGUUGCCAAUUUGAAGAACCUGCAUGAGGCAUGGGCAUGCGUCAUAGAGCUUGGAGUGGCAAUUUGGUUGCUCGAGCGCCAGAUUGGGAUCGCCUGUUUCAUUCCCCUUGUGGUCUCACUAGGUGCCGUCAUAGCGAUGAUACCAAUAUCAAGCCGGUCUGGACAUGCACAGAAGCAAUGGGUCGAGCGAGUCCAGAAGCGACUUGCAGUGACAGCAAACGUGCUGAACAAUAUGAAAGCUGUGCAAAUGCUCGGGCUGAACGAUGUCCUUCUCCCUCUGGUUUCUCAUCUGCGCAGGGUAGAGGUGCAGACAUCUGUCCGUUUCCGAAAGCUAUUAAUAUGGCAGGUGGCUCUGUCCAACCUCCCUGUUGUCUUUGCGCCAUUCGCCACGUUUACCGUUUACGCCAUUAUAGCUCUCGCGCGACACGACGAGUCCAUUCUCUCAGCCCAGGCGUUCACAUCGCUCGCGCUAAUAUCCCUUAUGACAGGUCCACUCCUCAAUCUCUGCCAGGUUAUGCCUGCUAUUUGGCAGGCCAUAGCGUGCUUCGAUCGCAUCGAAGCUUACUGCAAGCAGCCCUCCACUUUACGCAUGGAUGAGGAAGCCGAGCUUCAGCAACCCGCUUCCGAAAAGCCCAAUCCCUUUUUGCUGUCAUUUCAGAAUGCGACUAUUUCAUGGUCUUUAGAACAGGAUCCAGUCUUCCGCGAUAUGAGUCUCAAUAUUCCGCGAGGGGUUACCAUGAUAGUGGGUCCAGUUGGGUGCGGCAAAUCCACUCUCCUCGAGGCCAUGCUGCACAAGCAUAUGGUGAAGACAGGGUCCAGAAUAGCGUAUUUUUCAAGAGCCGCGUAUUGUCCCCAGGCGCCAUGGAUCCUUAAUGAUACGAUUCGGAACAAUAUAAUCGGCUUCCAGGAAUUCGACCAGACGUGGUAUGAUAUCGUCUGCACCGCGUGUGGACUGCAGGAAGACAUCGAGAAACUCGAAGAGGGCGACAGGCAUAUCGCCGGCAGUGAUGGCAUCUCGCUAAGUGGAGGGCAACGGCAGCGGAUUGCGCUCGCUCGGGCAGUAUAUUCUAAGAUUGGGGUCGUGGUUCUGGACAAUGUGUUUAGCGGAAUUGAUUCAAAAAACAUCGCCAUCAUCUCCUGUCAGCUAUUUGGACGGGACAGCUAUUUUAGGAAGGAGGGAAUUUCGGUUGUUCUGGCUAUGAGUACAUAUGAGAUGCUCCCUUUGGCGGAUCAAAUAGUGAUGAUGCAGGAUGGUGCCGUUAUAGCCUCAGGUUCAUACAAUGAGAUCAUUGCCAGAGACCGACAGGUCGUCGCGAAUAUUCACGAGCCGGAGAAAAACGUCCCCCUUGCACCGACCACCGAGAAAGCAGGGUAUUAUCCAACAUAUAUCGAGAAGAAGCAAGAGUCCGAAAUUCAUGUUCAAAUCUCUGAAGAUGGGAGUCCUACCCGCACAAAACACCAAGGACCCCGUCCAAGGCCCGUGUACAAAUACUACGUCCGGAGCGCGGGGUACGGGCUCGUCGCUGCGUUUCUGGCUUUCACUUUUAUUGAGGCUUUCUGCAACAGCUUCCAGACACUGUGGCUUCAAUGGUGGGUAAAGGCCAAUGAAGACUACCCCAACAAACAGCUCGGGAUGUACCUUGGCAUCUAUGGCAUGAUAUUCGGGAUGACAUUGUUAACUCUAGUAGCGGGUUGCUGGUUACUCUUUGUUCGAGGGCUCAAUAACACUUCAUUGAAACUUCAUUUCGACUUGCUCAAGACAGCGCUGGAGGCCCCAAUUAGCUUCUUCCAGAGGGUUGAUACAGGGUCCAUCACCAAUAGGUUCGGCCAAGAUUUGGAGCUCAUUGAUAUGAUGCUACCAAUCUAUGCUGUCAACUGCAUUACUAAUAUGAUAGAGGUCUCUAUUAACAUAGUUAUCAUUUGCAUUGUGGGCAAAUAUCUAGCCGUCACGAUCCCUUUUCUCGGCGUGCUUCUCUUCUUCAUCCAGUCUUAUUACCUACAGACCUCCCGCCAGGUUCGAUUACUUGAUAUUGAGGCCAAGGCACCUCUAUACACACACUUCCUCGAGACCAUCCGCGGCAUAUCCAGCAUCCGGUCAUUUGGAUGGGAACCGCAGUUAAGAGAGAAGAACCAUGCCCUCCUCGACCGAUCGCAAAGACCGUUUUACAUGAUGUACAGCGUCCAGCAAUGGCUAACACUCGUCCUAGACCUGGUCGUCGGAGCCAUCGCUGUUAUAUUGAUUGCUAUAAUAGUAUCCCUGCGCGAUCGCUUGCAGGCCGCAACGAUUGGUGUGGCGCUCAACCUUGUCUUGACGCUCAACCAGUCCUUGGCCAAUGCGAUCAAGAUGUGGACAAUGACCGAGAUUUCAAUCGGAGCUGUGACACGCGUGCUGCAAUUUACGCAGGAUACACCUUCGGAAGAGGAACACUGCGUGCCCAUUGCGCAGUCGGGCCUAUCAAGUGACUGGCCUGAGAGGGGUGCAGUGGAGAUCAGUGGCCUUACGGCUGGAUACCGUGACAGCCAAUCAACCAUCCCGAUACUUAAGAAUCUGAACAUUAGCAUCCAGCCGGGCGAAAAGAUCGCCAUCUGCGGACCGUCAGGGUGUGGAAAGACUUCUUUGAUUAUGGCAAUACUACAAAUGCUGGACGUCCAGGACGGACGAAUUCUGAUAGACGGGCAAGACAUCACGAAGAUUCCGAGAAGCACACUGCGCACACGCAUCAAUGUCGUACCCCAAGAGCCAUUCUUCAUAGCCGACACCACCCUCCGCUUUAACCUGGAUCCUCGUCACGAUGUCCCGGAUGAUGCAGAGCUGAUUCAGGCACUGGAAAAGGUACGCCUUUGGGAACGGAUCCGCGCAAAAGGUGGUUUGGACAUGGAAUUCGCCGCUGCGGACUGGUCGGUUGGCCAGAAGCAGCUGCUUGCCCUGGCUCGUGCUUUGGUGUCCAAGAGACAAUUGUUGAUUUUGGAUGAGGUAACUAGCAGCGUCGAUUGGGAAACAGAGAAAGCCAUGCAGGAUAUCAUCGACAGGGAGUUCUCCCAGAAGACUGUUAUCGCGGUGGUACAUCGGUUUCGCUUUAUACACUGGUUUGACCGUGUUAUGGUGCUCAGACAGGGAGAGCUUGUGGAGUGCGGAAGCGCCGAGGCGCUGCUGCAGAGGGGGGAGUCGGAGUUCCGCAGGUUGUAA